AUGCCGACAGAAGAUUCAAAAGCGGUAAUAAAACACGACGACGACGACGACACGGUUUCCACUUUCAAAAAAGUCACAAACCCGAACGAUAAACCUCACUCCAAAGUUCCAAAACUCAAGAAAGAACCCAAAGAAGAAGCAUCACGCGUUCCCAAUUCCACUCCACCUUCUCGCUCUAAGAAAACUGUUAAGAAGGAACUCAAAGACUAUGACUCCGACGACGAUGACAAACCUAUCGCCAGAAAAAUCUCGAACAACAAGGCUGUGAAGGAAGCGAAGGAAGUGAAGAAAAAGAAGAAGGUGAAGAAGGAGGAGAAGGUGGUUGUUACGGAGAAGAAAGUGAGGAAAGAGAAGAAGGUUUAUGAUUUACCUGGCCAGAAACGAGAUCCGCCUGAAGAGAGAGAUCCUCUUAGGGUUUUCUAUGAGACUCUGCAUGAUCAAAUUCCUAAUAGCGAAAUGGCACUAAUAUGGUUAAUGGAAUCGGGCUUGCUUCCUAAAGAGGUGGCAAAGAAAGUAUUUGAGAAGAAGCAAAAGAAAACUCGUCAACAGAAGGUCACUUCUCCUGUUAACUCUGUAUCUUCUGUGAAGAAAAAAAGCACCAAAACUGUUACAACAACAACAACAAAAACAACCAAAUCGGUUACAGUUAAGAAAAAAAGCCCAACUACCCCCAAUUCUUCUGGUAAAAAGGAGACAACAAACUCCGUGUCAAAGCCGAUCAAGAAGCGCAAAUCUGAGUCUAUGAGCUCUGAAGAUGAUGACUCCGAUUUUGGCAUUGGUUCAGUGACAACAAAGAGGAGAAAAGUGGCUUAA